AUUUGCACAUCAACAAGCCGGAUACAGAGGAUUGCUGCAACUUAACUACCUAGCACUUACCAUUCCAAGCAAAUAGAGCCCCGGUGAUCGGAUCUUCGCGACUCUCUUUAUCGGGCAUACUAUUAAUACUCGUCUGCUACUACUCCUUUUUUUGGUUUCUGCAUGAUUCAGGUGCUUGUUUGUUUCUCUGUAUGCUUAGACUCUUAGCCCUAAUUGUGAUAAUGGUGCUUGGCCGUUGCUUUGAUGACUCAAUUGACUGCAUUUCUCUGCUCAGCGCCUGAGUUUUCGGAUCACCAUGGUUGAUCGCCCUGAUGGACAGCCCGAAACAAGCAAUGACGUGAGUCACAUAACGCAGGACGAAUCUGAGCAGUAUCACGGGCUGGAUCCCACAUCAUAUACGGCCCAGCGCUUGCGUCAUGCCUCUGCUCACCAUCUGCAUCUUACUACCCGCCGGUAUUUUAUAGGCCCAGUGCCUGAUGAUUGGAUCCACAGCCAUCGCAAGUCUUGGUACCGAUCAAGACUGAACGUCAAAGAUUAUACUGCUCGUGGUACUACGCUCUCGACCAAGACCACUUCAUUCAAUCAAGUAGCUCAGCACUAUGCCUCACUUGACGGCGACGCAAAUACUGUUGACGAGUCACCUGGAGAGUCAAAUGAUGCUGCACCUGAGUCAGAACCAGAAGAUACACAGCCCAGGCCCACGCCUAGUAUUCCAAUAUCGAGAAAGUCUACGCGCAAUGAUUCUGACGGGGAAGACUCCAAUAGUGAUGCUACUAUUCGGGGGACAGUAUACCCGCAGUCUACCAACACGAUGAUGUCCGGCUCAUUCGUCACCGCUAGAGAAUCCCUACCACUCGAAAGCUCGUCUACAUAUAUGUCUUCUCGGAAUUAUACAAUGCAAGAGUAUUCGGCCGCCCCAGCUAAUGGAAACCCGGAUCCGGCCCUUCCAGAAUCCUCCGAUCGGCAUGCAUCUCAACGAUCAACAGCUGUGCCCUCUGCUCGCGAUGCCAGUUCAACGACCUCGCUUAUUCCUCACGAAGAUAAAAAUAAAGCAAAGACUAAAGCCAAGUCCUCGGCUGUGUCCGUGAGUAAUCUUCAUUCGCAGGAGCCACAACCUCAUGAUAUACAAGAGAGCAAUACCGUCAAUAUAUCUGAUAGAGCCCGGGGAAGGCUUGCUCGUUACAAUGUGGGGGAUAAUGUUUUCGAUCGUCAGCAACGCAUUCGCACGCGAAUCGAGCGGACACAGAAUAAAAUAUCCGCUCAUAGACCACACUGGAGUAAAGAAAGUGAGGGUGAAAUGGUUCGAGCACAAAAAAUGCUAGUGCGAGUUGAAGAGGCACCGAAUGAGCUGCCACCUGACUAUUCUGAAAAUGAAAGUUUAAGGAUGGAGACCAGAGAAAUUGCGAAAUGGCGCGAGUAUAUUGUUGUGUGCCGCAAGGCCUCUGACGAGUAUGCACCGUUCACGCUUAAGAUGUACAAAUCCCGUGUUAUACAGGAUAUUGAAAAGUCAACCAGGUCAGCAUAUUAUGAGGUUCCUCUCAAUUCCAAGAGGACGAGAGUGAAUCUAUAUUCCACGCUUGAUAAAACAGUAGUGAUGUGGCAUCCACACAAACGCGGCACAAGAAUCUAUAUCAUACGACCUCGAUCUUCAGCCCACGCAGUGGAAUGGUACACCUUCAUUAGGCAGGCAUUAGGCUGGCAUCGGCCAACAUCUUUGCUUAUCAAUGUCCCUGAUCUGAGUAUAUCAUUGAUAUUCCGGGACCCUUUCGAUCAGACUCGCCUUACUGAUGAAGCACCAUCUGACGAUGACCGAGUAAAUCAGUCAAAGGAGAGAUUAGCAGCGGAUGCUAUCACUAGUCAAUGUAUCACUUUGCUAAAAGAGCGCAGCGAAUGGUCUCAAGUUUUGGAAGGAUGGUCGAAAACAACCAAAAUGGGCUUAGCAUGGAAGCGAUUUGACCGUCUCGAAUGGGUCCACGGACCUAACGAAGGCCAUAUGUACGGAACAAUCGCAAUGCAGAGCACACAUGAUCUCGAGCUUCGGCCAAAACAUCAUUAUCCGAGCACUGUGAGAAACUCGCAGGAGGUAACGGAUGAGCCAAUUCCUGUGGAGGGAUUUCUUACCCGCCUCACAUCUCAAAGCGGUUCCCAACAACGAAUGGGGAGAAAGUUUAAUAAAAGACAAUAUUUUUAUACUCAAGAUCACUUCUUAUGCUUCUGCAGACCGGCAAAGGCCAUACCUCCUCAUCCGUCAGAUGGACACCUAGACAGGGAUUCCAUGCCUUCCAAUGAAGAACUUAGUCGUCAAUUGUCCUCAAGAUUUACCGUCGACCCCUUUCCAGUACAAGACAAUCAGAUUGCAUGGUUGGACAAUGGGAAUCAAGAAUUUAUUCGAAGACAGGAUGAGAACGCACUGGCUCAUUACAAACGAUCGAUACAAAACCUGACAAAUGCGGACGGGCUCAUUGAUCUCUGUCAAGUUCGCAGUAUUCAAUCCCUACAGAGUCGUGAUGUUCCACAACAAGGUGAACAGAACACUGAUUCUACGAAUCAAGAUGAGACUAACUGCAUAUUUGAGCUCAUCUUCCACAAUGAUCUAGUGCUUAACCUGCAGGCCCAUGAUAAUGAAAAAAGAGAUGACUGGGUGAAACGCCUCGAAGCCCUGAGACAAUAUUGGACAGCACGAAGUAGAGCAGACGCAAAUGAACUAAGAAAUAUACGUCAACGCAAUCUCAAAGUACUUGACAUUGAUGAGAGAACUGAGUCAAUUCUAGGGCAAUUUGCUAGCAAAUGGGAGGUCAGAAGGGCCCAGGCAUCGCCACAUCUGUACAAUAUGUGCCAUAUUACUGGCUGUAGGCCAAUAAAGAUAUCGGGUCAGUUGUAUCGCAAGCCACGCCGUCAUUCAACGUUUCACCGCUGCCAAGUCAUCCUCACAUCGGGCCAACUUCUCAUCUUCCAAGAUACUCUUCGUCGACGAUCCGGUGUUGAGAUUCCGCACGUGCAUAAAGAGCAGGUUGCAACGUUCGAUCUACAGGACUGCUACGUCUACUCCGGAAUUCUGACUGAAAGUGAUCUCCUUUAUGCAAACCAAACAUUCGAUAAUCAUUACCCUGGUCACCAUGCCCUUCCACGAAUAUAUCUCUCCCAAGAUGGCUGGACGAGCAGAGAUGAGGACACAGCCAUUUGUUUCGUCAUUUGGCACCCUACACAUAAGAGUCUCUUUCGAGCCUCUGAGGUGAAAGGUGGGAAGACAAACAAGAUGAUUCGCCAAGUCUCGGCACUCGGUGUGCCAGGGCGAAGUAUCGUUUUUAAGGCCAGGAGCCGAAUUGAGAGAGACCGAUGGGUAUUAGGCAUAGAGUCCGAGAUUGAUCGGUUGCAAGAAGAAAGAGGUGAAGAUGUCAGAAUUGUCUAACGGGAUCUUUGAAUACUCCCGUUCAGUAGAGUAUCUGAGCUGCGCUUUGUUGACUCGGUGUUUGGUAGAUAGUAAGUAGCGGCACGUCAAGUUGCCCUACAAUGUGUCAUAUUUUUUGUGCUUAUUUUUAGAUCAUGGCUGGUGUUACCGAUCCCCGGCGUUUAAAAUAAUGA